AUGUCGAUCGGAGCAGUGCUGCUGUCGCAGCCGUGGAGAUUGAUUUUUUCGCUGGGAGCGCUGGUGGCUCUGUGGUGGACCUGGCGGGUGCUGGAGAUGGCCUGGAUCAGCCCGCGGAGGCUGGGCCGAGCCCUGCGGGCCCAGGGCCUCCGCGGCACGGCGUACCGCUUCCCGUUCGGCGACCUGAAGGAGUUCGCGCGGCUGGUCGGCGUGGCACGAUCGAAGCCCAUGCCGCUGUCGCACGACAUCUCGCCACGCGUGAACCCUCUCUACCACAACGUGAUCAAAGAACACGGGAAGAUUUCGGUGACGUGGUUCGGCCCGACGCCGAGGGUGAUCGUCAACGAUCCUAAACUGGUGGGGGAAAUACUGACCAACAAGCAUGGUCACUUCCGGAAACGCAAGUUCACUAAUGGCAUCGUCAAGCGGCUGGCUAACGGGCUCGUCAGCCACGAAGGCGAGAAAUGGGCCGCUCACCGGAAGAUCAUCAACCCCGCCUUCCAUGUCGAGAAAUUAAAGAAAAUGCUGCCUGCUUUUGUCGCAUGCUGCAACGACCUGGUAACCAGAUGGGAGGAUCACGUCGGGGUUAACGAGACGAAGGAGAUUGAUGUCUGGCCGGAGUUUCAGAACCUCACCGGCGACGUGAUCUCCCGUGCAGCGUUCGGCAGCAGCUUCAGCGAGGGGAGGAGGAUUUUCCAAAUACAGUCGGAGCAGGCCCGAAAUGUAGUGAAGAUGGUGAACUCUCUGUACCUCCCAGGUUUCAGAUUCAUACCGAUGCAGCUCAACCGAAGGAUGAAGGCAAAUACGAUCGAGGUGGAAGCGCUGCUGGCAGGCAUAGUCGGCAAGAGGGAGAAGGCCAUGAAAGAAGGCAAUAGUGCCAGCAACGAGGACCUGCUGGGCGCGCUGAUGGAGUGCAACAUCGCGGAGACCAAAGAGGCGGGAACCGCCAAGCCCAUCAUGACCAUGGACGACAUAAUCGGCGAGCUCAAGCUCUUCUACUUCGCCGGGAUGGACACCACGGCCGUGCUGCUCACCUGGACAAUGGUCGCGCUGAGCAUGCACCCCGAGUGGCAGGACCGCGCCAGGGAGGAGGUCCAGCGAGUCUUCGGGGACAGCCAGCCGGACUUCGAUGGCAUAAGCCAAUUAAAAAUUGUGGCUAUGAUUCUGUACGAGGUUCUCCGGUUGUACCCGCCGGUGGUACAGUUUGACCGGCAGACCUACGAGGAGGUCGAGCUGGGCGGUGUCAGGUACCCGCCCGGGGUGACCCUCUCGCUGCCGAUCGUUUUCCUCCACCAUGACCCAGAUGUGUGGGGAGAAGACGCCGACGAGUUCAGGCCGGAGAGGUUCGCGGAGGGGAUCUCCAAGGCGUCCAAGAACGGCUCCCGCGCCUUCUUCCCGUUCGGCUGGGGCCCGCGGAUUUGCGUCGGCCAGAACUUCGCGCUGGUCGAGGCCAAGAUGGCGUUGAGCAAGAUAUUGCAGCGCUUCUCCUUCGGCCUGUCGCCGUCCUACAUGCACGCGCCGUUCCCUGUCUCCACUCUGCAGCCUGAUCAUGGCGCGCAGAUCAUGCUCAAGAAGCUCUAG